UAAAUAUACAAUCGAUGAAUUGAAAUAGCAUUUGACGUGAUUUCAUCGUGAAAUAGGGCGAUUGUGGUGGGAAAUGCAGGCGAAAAUGGCGAUUUGUCUCACUCUCAUCACCUCUUUGUUCGUAUCUCUCCACUUCCAUCACUCCUAUUCCUCUCCUCGCCCACUCAUCGGAGUCCACCCUCUAGAUGCCAAGUACUACGACGCGGAGCUGAUCAAAUGCAAAGACGGAACCAAAUCCUUCACCAGAGACCGUCUCAACGACGAUUUCUGCGAUUGCGCUGAUGGCACUGAUGAGCCCGGAACUUCUGCAUGUCCAGCUAGCAAAUUCUACUGUAAAAAUACAGGCAGCAGACCCAGAUUCUUGUUUUCUUCUCGAGUGAAUGAUCAGAUUUGCGACUGCUGUGAUGGAAGUGAUGAAUAUGAUGGAACUGUCAUUUGUCCUAACAAUUGCAUCAUGGGUGGGAAUAUUGCAUAUCAGAAAAUAAAUUAUGACUUAGAAAGUAAUCAGGAACUGGAUUUUAUUAACUCAAGAAAAGCCAAACCUGGAGUUAAGAUGGAGGACUCAUCACAGAAACUUAAAAAAGGCUUGAAGUCCCUGGUCUACCUCCAGGUGGGUCUUCUUAUUUUUGUCCUGGCAUUUUGUCUUUUUCGGCACCGCAAGCCCAGAAGAAGACAUUUUCGGUGACAGAUGUGUCCUUGAUAUAUACAUCUUCAUCAUGAGAAUUGGCACGGUAAUGAAGAUUUUGGUACUAUGACCCCUACAAUUUGAUGUGAGAGGAAAUAAUUGCUGUCAUUACACGUUACUUCUUGGGAGUGAUGGAUGGAAGAUGGAACAUUUUGCCAACAUAAGGUGUGGAAUGAAUCCAGCUGUCAAAGAGCCAUUUCAAGACAAUGAAGAGUGGAUUGGAGACUUUGAAGGCCUCGGUGACUAUUAUAUGAAAAGGUUUCAUUACUCGCAUUCUCUCUGUCAUAGGAUUAACUAAAUUGUCUUAUUAGGGACAGAGUGUACUCUGUGUUCAGAUAUAAUAAUUUUAUCAAACAGAUUAGGAAAACUAUCUGAGCUCUUAGUCUCGUGGAAACACGAGGAGUGUGUAUGAUACUAAAACACAAGCAGUUAAUUAUUCAAAGUCCAGUUUUGUAUA